AUGGCCGGAGCAACGUUAUUUGAAAGGGCUCAAGCAAUUUCAAAUCUUAAUCGGGAAGAAGGAAUUACACUUUUAAACAAAAUUGUUCGUGAACAGGAAGUCGCUGAAAAUGAUGAGGAAUUAAUUAGCAUUAAGGAGCAAGGUAUAUUGCAAUUGGGAGAACUGUACAAACAAGAAGGAAAAGCAAAAGAGCUGGCUGAUCUUAUUAAGGUUACUCGACCCUUCUUAACCCUUAUUAGCAAAGCCAAAGCAGCCAAAUUGGUACGGUCUCUGGUGGAUAUGUUUCUCGACAUGGAUGCGGGAACUGGCAUAGAGGUACAAUUGUGCAAAGAUUGCAUUGAGUGGGCCAAACAAGAGAAGCGCACUUUUUUGCGACAAUCUCUGGAAGCUCGUUUGAUUGCUUUAUAUUUCGACACAGCUAUGUAUACCGAUGCCCUACAACUUGGCUCACAGUUGCUAAAAGAACUGAAAAAACUCGAUGACAAAAAUCUUUUGGUAGAAGUUCAGUUAUUAGAAAGUAAAACUUAUCACGCUUUAAGCAAUUUGCCUAGAGCAAGAGCUGCCUUAACCUCGGCGCGUACUACUGCUAAUUCCAUAUAUUGUCCGCCAAAGGUGCAAGCCGCGUUAGAUUUGCAAUCCGGGAUACUACAUGCAGCAGAUGAGCGUGAUUUCAAAACAGCUUUUUCAUAUUUUUAUGAGGCUUUCGAAGGGUUCGACGGAGUUGAUAAUAUUAGAGCGCUGACGGCUUUAAAAUAUAUGUUACUAUGUAAAAUCAUGCUGGGGCAAUCCGAUGAUGUAAAUCAGAUCGUAAGCGGUAAACUGGCUGUCACGUUUUCAGGUCGAGACAUUGAGGCCAUGAAAGCUAUAGCUGAAGCUUCACAUAAACGCUCCCUUGCUGACUUUCAAAAUGCUUUAAAGGAAUACAGCAAGGAACUGGCCGAAGACGCCAUCGUUAAAGCUCAUUUGGGAACAUUAUAUGAUACUAUGCUGGAACAAAACCUUUGUCGGAUUAUUGAACCAUAUGCCCGCGUCCAAGUUUCACAUGUAGCAGAAUGCAUUGUUUUGCCCAUGCCGCAAGUUGAAAAAAAAUUAUCGCAGAUGAUAUUAGAUAAAAAGUUCAGCGGUAUACUGGAUCAAGGUGAAGGCGUUUUAAUUGUUUUUGAAGAAACCCAAACUGAUAAAACGUAUGAUCGUGUUCUAGAGACUAUUCAAAGCAUGGGAAAGGUUGUCGACACACUUUACCAAAAGGCGAAAAAGCUGUCCUAAGGAAAUUAAUUUUGAUUUUUAAUACACAAAUAUAUUAAUUGAAAAUAAACCUUUAUUUUAAUUAUUGUUACGCUGCGCCUGUAAUCCUAUCUACAGUUUUGGGUUAUUUUGUAGGAAAAAUUUUGAGACUAGUU